AUGCCCAUCGAAGAUUUAUCUGAAGAAGGCCUUCCUAAAGUGCCGAAUCUUGAAUUGGCACAAUUAAAAUUUCUCAUAACACUUCAACCCAAUAAUAAAAGCUUAAAAGAAAAAUUAUUAAAUGAAAUCAAAGCAAAUAAUAUGACACCAUUUUAUCUUGAAUGCGUCAAAGAUGGAGAAUUAUCAUCUGAUGAUAAACUUGUUCAAACGAUGCGUAAAGCCAAUGAAGACAAACUAAAAGAAUUAGACGGAAAAAUCGAAGACAAUGAAAAAGCAUUCGGCGAUAGUGAAAUACGUGAAAGUUAUUUAGCUAAAUCUCAAUAUUUAUGUUUGAUUGGCGAUCGUGAACAAGCUCUAACAUGGAUACGGAAAACUGCCGAUAAAAGUGUUGCAUUAGGACAUCGUUUGGAUUUAAUCUUCUAUCAAUUACGUUUAGGAUUAUUUUAUAUGGAUCAAGAUUUAAUUGCAAGAAAUUUAGAUAAAGCUAAAACACUUGUUGACGAAGGUGGAGAUUGGGACAGACGCAAUCGUAUGAAAGUUUAUCAAGGUCUACGAGCCAUGUCCAUUCGAGAUUUCAAAGCAGCUGCGGAAUUGUUUCUUGAUACAGUCGCAACAUUUACAUCGUAUGAAUUAAUGGACUAUCAAACAUUUGUUACGUACACCGUUAUUUGCUGUCUUCUGUCUUUGGAAAGACCCAAAUUACGUGAAAAAGUUAUUCGUGGAAGUGAAAUCUUGGAGAUUCUUCAUGGUUUACCUUUGAUUAAAGAAUAUUUAUUUUCACUUUAUGAAUGUCGUUAUGCAGAUUUUUUCCGUUGCCUAGCAACAAUCGAACAAGAUUUACUAGUUAAAGAUCGUUAUUUAGCCGUACACGCAUCAUAUUAUGUACGUGAAAUGCGUAUCAUUGGUUACAAUCAAUUGUUACAAUCAUAUUCAUCGUUAACACUCAAAGGAAUGGCACAAUCGUUCGGAUGUUCGGAGAAUUUUCUCGAUAAAGAACUAUCAAGAUUUAUCGCCAGUGGCCGACUCAAUUGUAAAAUCGAUAAAGUACGAGGAAUUAUCGAAACAACAAGACCCGAUUCGAAAAAUUUUCUCUAUCAGGAAGUAAUCAAGAAAGGUGAUUUAUUAUUGAAUCGUGUGCAAAAAUUAAGUCGCGUCAUCAACAUUUAA